AUGCCUUUCACCACCUCCGACAUCUGCAAGAUCAUCCUUGCCAUCAUCCUGCCACCUCUGGGUGUCUUCCUUGAGCGUGGUUGCGGUGCCGACCUGCUCAUUAACAUCCUGCUGACCAUCCUGGGUUACAUUCCCGGCAUCCUCCACGCCCUGUACAUCAUUCUGAAAUAUUAG